GGCCCUAAAAGUCACACCUUUUUCCGGACAGGCCAGAAAUGCCGCUGUCUCUCGUCUAGUCCCCGCCGCCGCCGCCGCCGCAGCCGUGCCGUGACUUACCCGGCGCCGCCGACCGACGGCUCAAUCCCGCCGGGCCUGCCCGCCGACGCCUCAGCCCCACUCCCCGCCGGCCCAAUCCCACGCCUCCCGCAGCCCCCGCCUCUCACGCGUGCCGCCGCCGGCUCCGUUCUUCCUCGUCUGGACACCGCGCUCCGGCCGUCUCCGCCCCGUCCGCCCAGUGGGUUUCGAGCAGAAGUCGCGCUUCGCUCCUAUGGCGGCAUCCGACGAAAUGGCUCAGAAGGACGAACAUGAUAUGAAGGACGAACAACAGGGUGACAAGGACGAAAAACAGGCUGAGAAGGAGUACGCUGAUUUCGAGGCGAGGGUCAAGAGGACGAUAUACAUCGACCACCUCUCCCCUCUGGUCACCAGCCAGGUCAUCAAGGCGUCUCUCGCCCAGUGCGCCAACGUCGUCAACACCGAGUUCAUCGAGAACUACACGAUCGAGUACGAGAUCCCCGCCGCUGCGUUGGUGGAGGUGGACAACGUGUCUCAGGCCCAGGCUGCUGUGGACCUGAUGAACAACUUCCCUUUCAUGAUCGGCGGGAUGCCCAGGCCUGUGAGGGCUGUCUUUGCAAAGCCCGAGAUGUUUCCGGACCGCCCUAGGAAGCCUGGCUUGAAGAUUGAGUUCAGCUGGGUAAAGCAAGGAGAUCCAGGGUAUGAUGGGAUGAAUAAGCUCAAGGGCCUUAUGAGGAGGCAAGAAGCAGAAAAUAUGGCACUCAUCAAGAAUCAAUUGGAAGAGGAGAAGGAGCUGGCGGCGCAGCAGCAGGAAACCCUGGUAGCAAACAGCAAUAAGUACGACAUGCUCGAGAACCUCGUGAACAACGGGGAAAUCACUAAACUCGCUCAGCAUUACAAGGUCAAGCUGGGAGACGACUGAUGUGUUCCCGACGUUCAAGCUCCUCCCUUGGGGACUGCAGUCACCAGUGCAAGCAGAUUCUUGUUCUGCCGAUGGCAUCCCCACUCACAGAUGCGAUCGAUAAUCCAUCGGCUAGUUCUCAUCUUGUGGUGGGAUGAUCGUAAUAAAGCAUUGGUUUGUUUGGUGCAGCCGCGCUCUAGUUGUGGCCAGCUGCAAAGUAGCAGUUCCUUAGUGUAACAACAGUGGAUACAUUACGCUUGGUGUAAUAAUAAUAUUUGUAUGACCUCCAAGCCUUAGCAUGUCAGCAAGAUGAUCCAACGAUGUCUGAUAUUGUCUCC